UGAUAUACGGUGUAGCAUGUGAAUCUAGAAACAGGUUCAAAAUGGCCUUCGUCACAUUAGCUGUUAGAAAUAAGAUCAUAUAAAAAGGUGAAUUUGACGGAAUUUAGUAUCACUUGUGUUCAAGUGCCUUAAGGUAACAGAUCGAGAAUGAAAGCGUUUUUGGUACUUGGAUUUGUGGCUUUAGCCGUCGCCACGAGCCCACCAGCUCCCACUAGCGGCGAGAAGAAGGAUAAUGCCAAGCCUGUUGUAGCAGAAAAAUCCAAACGUCACUUGGGAGGUGGAUUCUACCAACAAUCCUUCAACAGUAUUCCACAAACUUACUCAUCUUCAUGGAGCAGUGGUCCAGUAGUCCAUGGAUACGGCUACAAAUACAACUAUAACUCAGGACCAGUUGGUCAGUAUUCUGCAUCAUCAUAUUCCUCACCUUUAAGUUACUCUGCCGGUGGAUUAUCUGCUGGAGGUUUAUCUGGAGGCCAAUACUCAUCUGGACUUUAUUCUGCUGGAUUAGCCGGAGGUUAUUCUUCUGGUCUUUCUUCUGGAAAUCUCCUUUCUGGUGGUCUUUCCUCAGGCGCUGUAUCUGAAGGUUUUUCGUCAGGAUACGGCUCUGAAGGUUUAUCAGGUUUAUCUGCUUCUGCUGGUUUGGGUAGUGGUGGUUUAGGUGGAUCUUAUGGAUCUUACGGAUCCUAUGGAUCAUCAUAUGGAGGCCAAUCUGGUCUUCUUUCAGGUGGUUCCUCUGAUGUUUACUCUUCUGGACUUUCUGGUCUUUCCUCUGGAGGUUUGGGUCAAGGAUAUUCUUCCUACAGUUAUGGUGUAAAAUCUGGUCUGGAAAAAGUCGUCUCAAGCGAAGAAGUUGCACGUCAUACCGUCCACAAUGUAAUCAACAAAGUUCAAGUACCAGUACCAGUACCCCAACCUUACCCAGUAACCAAAACUGUCCAAGUACCACGACCAUACCCUGUUAAUGUUGACAAACCAGUACCUGUUCAAGUAAGAGUUAACGUACCAGUACCAGUUGAAAAGCCCUACCCAGUACAAGUUCCUUAUCAAGUACCUUACCAAGUUAAAGUAAAAGUACCAUACACAGUUGAAAAACCAUACCCAGUACAUGUCACUAGAACUGUUACCGUUCCAGUAGAAAAACCAGUAUAUGUAAAAGUUCCAGAAGUAGUCAGGAUCCCAGUUCCACAACCCUACCCCGUACCAGUUCAACGCAGAGUUGCUAUUAAAGUCCCACACCCAGUUGUAGUUAAGGUACCAGAAGUUGUCAACGUACACCAUGCCAUCCAAACUGUUAAACAACCCGUAGAAUUUGUCCAACAAAGAGUCUCAGCUCCAAUUGUCUCACACACAUCUUCAGGUGUAGUUGGCGGACAAUCAGGUUUUUCAUCAGGAGCAUUCUCUUCUGGUCUUUCCACCUCAUCUGGUUUUUCAUCUGGUGCUGAUGUUGUUUCCUCCUCUGGUUUAGAAGCAUCCUCAGGUCUUUUGGCUGGAGGUCAAGGUUUCAACACUGAUAUUUCUCAAGGAUACUCUUCUUCCGGUAUCAUUUCAUCCGGUAUCCAAUCUGGUGGUCAAGAACUUAUUUCUGGUCAAUCAGGAUUCUCUGGAUUGGAAUCGGCAGGUCUUCAAUCAGGAUUACAAUCAUCUGGUUUCCAGACAGAAUUCCAAUCUGGUGGAAUCCAAUCUGCUGGAGCCGAUUUUAGUUCAUCAAGUUCAUUGUCCGGUACAUCCCAAGGUGUUGCUAGUGAAUACCUUCCCCCAUGCCCAUUGAGCCACGGACACAACAUCUCAGCACGUAAAGCAGAAGAAAAGAAGGUUGAUGAAAACAAACAUUAAAUUGUUAUUGUUGUCUAUAAUAUAGUAUAUAAAAUGUUGAUAUUCGACACGAUUUGUACAUGAACAUUUCCUCCUUCUGUUAAUAAAUCUUUAAACAAAA